GCCUCGGUGCCGCGGGGCCGCUUUCCGGGACGGCCCGGCGGGUGCCGCGCGCGGGGAGCCGGGGCCGGCAGCCGCGCGCGGAUCUCGCUGCUGGCGCCGCAGCUGCUGCUCUGGGCCGCCUCCGGAGAGGGCGAGCGGGCCGUGGCGGGAGCGGGAGCGGCGGCGGCGGCGGCGGCGGGGGACACCACCCUGGGGAGCCUGCUGGGCCUCAGCCGGAGCUGGCGCCGCCUGCAGAGUCUGCUGGGGGACAGCAGCGGCAGCGAGGAAGAGCCGGAAGAGUUCCUGGGCUUCCAUUCAGAGGACGACGCUUUUCAAAGCUCACUGCGUGCUGCUCUAAGAUCUAAAAGAGGUACCUCUCUGCUUCCGCAUGGCAGGAGGAAGAGGACAUUUGCUGAGGACUCCGUUUCCAAAAGGUUGGCCAAACAAAAGGCUGUGGAAUCCCAGCGGGAGCGUAUGGUGAAAGCUUUGGCUGAGCUGCUUCAGAGGACCAAAGGGACCCCAGCAAGGAUAGGCCGGCCAGCAACAUCUGGUCCAAAAGUGCUCAGGAUGCUUCCUAAGCAGACUCAAGCUGACCCAGAACCUGCUGACCCAUUAAAAUCCACCGCUCCUCCCCUUCUUCCACCACCACCGACAGAGAAGACUCUCAAUUCCACUGCCUCACCCAGGCCACGAGGCCGGCCACGUGGCUCCUUCACAAAGAAACCAGUUAGAAGACCUCCUCACGAGAGCACCAACACUUCAACUUCCAUCCCGGAGCCUAACAAUAAUAUACAGCUUCCCUCAUCGUGCGCAGAAGAAAUCAGCGCGUCUUCUGAGCCGGCCGAAGCUUUGAAGAAACCACCGCUCAUCCUCAAGUUCUUCUCCAAAGCCAGGCGGCAUAAAUCUGGCCAGUUGGUGGUGACUCACGUCCGGCUAAAGACCCAUGGUCACCGGAGGGGCCGGAAGAGGAAGUGGAGCGUGGUGCCAGAAAAAAAGCUCUCCCCGCUUCCUUCGGAGGCCGUGUCCGAAUCGGAAGCAGUUUUGUCAGAGCCGGAUACCUCUGACCCAGAACCCAAACCGAACGAACCCCCUACUCCUCAUUUGCUUUCAGAGAAUCCUGCCCCCAACUCCUCCUCUCCUCAGCCCAAAUCCCCAGUCUCGAAACCAGAGCCACAACUGGAGGCAGUCGUCCAGGAACUGCAGCCGGCCCCGGAGGCACCUGUCCCAGAACCGGAGGCCUCUGUCCCAGAACCAAAGUCUUCUGUACCCGAAGGCGAAGUUCUUCCUUCUCCCAACCAGGGAUCUCGGAAACAGGAGCCACAGCAGCCCUCUCCGCCAAGCGAUGGAGCUGCCCUCCUUUCCCAGAAGGGGCCUUCUAGGGUUGCCCUUUCUAUCAGGGCACAGCGUUUGAAACGGGGUCGUGGGCGGCGCAUGGCAACUCAGCCGUUGCCAGGCAAGAUGAGGGAGGAGGCUGGGGGAACAGCUCAGCAGUCAGGCAUCGCUGGCUCCGAAGAGGUCCCGGCUCUCAAGACCACCUUCCUCAAAAAUAUCCGUCAGUUCAUCAUGCCGGUGGUGAGUGCCCGGUCAUCUCGUCUCAUUCGGACCCCCCGUCGCUUCAUGGAUGAGAUCCCGCAGAAGGCAACCAAGCUUUUGGAAAGCCCUGUCCCUGACGGGCCUUUAGACAAGCAGGAAGCUUCUUUGUUGCCGUUGCAGGGGGGCCCCCAGCAGCUGAACCCCUCGGUCCCCGGUUCUCCAGAAAAAGAUACCUCCGGGGCCCCUUCCUCCCCAUCUUCCCCUAGCGUGCUCCACAUAACUUCCACAGCACCGGCCCUGCCUGAGAAACGGCGAUCCAUCCUUCGGGAACCCACAUUCCGAUGGACCUCACUCAGCCCCACUUUGUCCCCCAAAGAUAUGGGAAAGGCUCUCUUUCAGGUGCCUAGUGAAGAUGCGUCUCUUGUGCCCAGUGCGCCGGCCCCCGUCCCUUCCACCCCAACCAAGCGCACUCCCUUGCUACGGGCUCCCCAGUUUACACCUAGCGAGGCGCACCUUAAGAUCUACGAAUCCCUCUCGGUGUCUCCCGAAGAGUCUGACUUGGUGCCGGCUUCCCCCGAGGUCAGAAGGGACCCCCCGGUGCCGCUACAAGAAGCUACCUUGCUCUCCAAUGAGCCCGUGGUGACCCGCAGUGGCAAAAAGCUGGUGGGAAGGACCAACCACCUUGCUUUGCCCCUCUUCACGGAGGUUCCCAAACCCCUCGAAGCUCAGAGCAAAGAGCUCAUCACCAUGGAGGACGUCAAUUCUCCCGGCGUGGUUCACAAGCUGGCCAUCCGGAGAGUCGUGCCUCCCUCCACCCAAGUGGAGGAGCAAGAAGAGAAAGCGGCGGACAGUUCGGAGAGCGAAGCAGAACCCGCAAGCCUCUCUAUGGAGGAAGCGAAGCCCCCCGUGCAGCAGCCCAAGCCCAUCGUCACGUCGCUCUCCAGCAUGGAUAAAGUUUACAGCCUGCUGACUCGCGCCAAGGUGCAGCUGUACAAGAUUGAUCAACAGAAGCAAUUCAAAUUCAUCCCGGGGUGUCAAAGUAUCAAGGCCGAGGCCUUUGAGACUCCAAAAAUCCCAGCUGAGCAAGAGACGACCGAAGACCUCAACACGACCGAAGACAAAAAAGAGGUUAGAAAACAGGGCCAGGAGUCCCCCGUGCAGGGCCCACGGAUCAAGCACGUUUGUCGGCAUGCCUCGGUGGCCUUAGGGCAGUCUCGUGCGAUGGUGCCAGAGGAUGUGCCACGCCUCAGUGCCCUGCCUUUGCGGGAGAGGGAAGAGAUUGCUGGAUCGCCCACCAUAGAGGAGACCUCGUCAGCGUCUGAGAACGAGUGUGGCCAGCAGAAACAAGUGAAGCCGGAUUCCGCCGUCAAGGCUACGCCGCCCCCUGUGCGUCGCCACGUCUCUCACCAUCACGGCAAAAAGAACCGAAUGACUCGCUGUGGGAAGUGCAAAGGAUGCCUGAGGCUCCAGGACUGCGGCGAAUGCAUCAACUGCCUAGACAAACCAAAAUUUGGCGGGCCAAACACUAAGAAGCAAUGCUGCGUGUAUCGGAAGUGCGACAAGAUUGAAGCACGGCGAGUGGAACGGCUGUCUAAGAAAGGCCGUACAGUAGUGAAGCCCAUCGUCCCCUGGGAUUCAGAGGAUUCUCAAGAGGAGUUUCCAGCCCCCUGGGAAGUCAUGCUGGGGGCCACAGAGACUGCUGAGCAAGACUCUCUGUUGCAGCGUAAGUCAGCCCGGCGCUGCGUCAAGCAGAGGCCCUCAUAUGACAUCUUUGAAUCCUCUGACUCAGACACAGAGCCGGCCUCUGGCUCAGCCACUCAUCGCCGGAAAUCUUCCCGAGACUCAGAUUUGCUUCCCGUGGACUCUGAGGAGCAAAGUCGGCCCCGUAAAAGUUCUUUGCAGCCUGUGGUGCAGCUGAAAGCCAGGAAGAAACCAGAGAAGGUGAGCCAUCAAGAAAAGGACAUCCCUCCUUCUGCCUCACUCCCCUCCAUCUCCAAUGGCUGGAAUGGGAAACAGAAAUCCACGGAUGGAGUCCACCGUCUCAGGGUUGAUUUCAAGGAAGACUGUGACUUGGAGAACGUCUGGCUGAUGGGCGGUCUCAGCAUCCUCACUUCAGUACCAGUCACCACGCAGGUGGUAUGCCUGCUCUGCGCAAGCAAAGGUUUCCAUCAGCUUGUGUACUGCCAGGUAUGUUGUGAUCCUUUCCAUGUCUUCUGCCUGGAGGAGGAUGAACAGCCACUGCCCGAGCAGGAGGACAGCUGGUGUUGUCGCCGUUGCAAGUUCUGUUAUGUCUGUGACCGCAAAAACAAAGCAUCCAAGCAACUGCUGGAGUGUGAGCGCUGCAGGAACUGUUAUCACUUGGCCUGUCUUGGCCCCAACUAUCCCACCAAACCAUUCCGUAAGAGGAAGGGCUGGAUCUGUUCUGCCUGCAUCCGCUGCAAAAGCUGUGGGACAGCGCCAGGGAAGAACUGGGACACGGAAUGGUCCAGCGAUUACAGUCUCUGCUCUGCCUGCUCUGUGCUGUACAAUAAAGGGAACUACUGCCCAAUUUGCUUGCACUGUUACGAAGACAAUGACUAUGAGAGCAAGAUGAUGCAGUGUGCCAAGUGUGAUCACUGGGUUCAUGCCAAGUGCGAGGGACUUUCAGACGAGGGCUAUGAGAUCUUGUCUAACUUGCCGGAGAGCGUGGUAUACGCAUGCCGACCCUGCUGUGGCAGCGAUAAGACCAAGUGGCGAGAGGUCCUUAACUCAGAGCUGCGCAAGGGACUGCGGCAAGUGUUGCAAGGGUUGCUAAGCUCCAAGUGCGUGGCGCCACUGAUGCAGUGUGCACAGUGCUGUCCGGAUGAUGGCGUGAAGGUUCACCUCCGGCCCUGUGACCUACGCACCGUCAACAAGCUCUUUGAACAGGGACAUUACGCAUCCGUGCACAGCUUCAAUGAGGACAUAGUGGGAGUCCUAUUGGGACAAACAGAGGAAGAACAGGUCGCCUCUGCAAGGGAACUCUAUGUUGAGCUGAUGGGAAAGUAUUUCAGUUGGUUUGAUGCUCUGGACGCAAAGCACUGGACUCGCAACAGCUCCCUUCCCAAUGGCAUGCUUCCCAAUGCAGUCCUGCCUCCUUCCUCUGACCACAUCUAUGCUCAGUGGAGGCAGCCACAAGAGGUCACCUUAGUUGCCAACAGCCAUCUGACUCCUGCUGGCCCUGAAAACAUAGUUGGGAAAGAUGCAGAACAUGUCUCUCCGCAGCAGCCAUUGACGGACCCUGAGGAUAAAAGACAGUGUGCCCUCUGUCUUCAGUUUGGAGAUGCUCCUUCUAAGGAUGCAGGGAGGCUGCUGUACAUUGGCCAAAACGAAUGGACUCAUGUCAACUGUGCCAUCUGGUCAGCGGAGGUCUUUGAGGAGAACGAUGGCUCCUUGAAGAACGUACAUGCCGCUGUGGCUCGUGGCCGGCAGAUGCGCUGUGAACACUGUCAACGCACUGGGGCCACAGUUGGCUGCUGCCUCUCUGCCUGUCUCAGUAAUUACCACUUCAUGUGUGCUCGCCUCUGCCAUUGUACUUUCCAGGAGGACAAAAAAGUUUUCUGCCAGAAGCACGUUGACCUCCUGGAUGGAACGGAGAUCGUCGCUGAAGAUGGGUUUGAUGUCCUACGGCGGGUCUAUGUCGACUUUGAGGGAAUCAGCUUCAAGAGGAAAUUUAUGGUGGGCUUGGAGCCGGAUACCAUCCACAUGAUGAUAGGCUCCAUGAAGAUCGAUAGCUUGGGGAUGCUGACGGACUUGUCUGAAUGCGAGGGACAGCUCUUACCUGUCGGCUACCAAUGUUCCAGAUUAUAUUGGAGCACAGUGGAUGCCCGUAAGCGGUGCGGAUAUACAUGCCGGGUCCUGGAGUAUCGGCCAAAGCUGAGCCAAGAAGAGCCAGAUGCCUCAGGAAUGCAGGAAGAGAACCACACUAUUGUGCACAGCCCUGCUGCCCCUGUAGACCCUAACCUCAGAGACAAGCCACUUCAGGAGGCACCUUCUCCUGUGCCACCACUGGAGCGCCACUCUCCAGCACAGAACCCAGGACCUCUGCCACCUCCAGAGCCUGCUGUCUCCAAGCCUAAACCUCUCACCGGAGCUCGCAUCAAAGUGCCCAACUACUCCCCUACCCGCCGGCCCCUAAGCGGGGUGUCAUCCCGCCCGUUGCCUUCUCCCGGAAGCGCAUCAUCCAUGUCCCAUCAUAUCUUGACUGUGGGUGACCCCGACUUCCCUCCUCCGCGCCGCACACAACGCCUCAGCCCCAUGUCACCUAGCAGCAACUCUCGUCCCCGCCGGUCCCCUCUCCCACCCCAAGCCCCUGCUAGCAGGACUAGCCCCCCCAGCACCUCUCUCAGGGCAAUGCCACCUCUCCCAGACUACCCCACAGCUGGGAACGGCUUCAGGCAUCCUUCUACCUCAGCCGGGUGUGAUGAGCAGCGGCCCGUAGCUACCUCACCCCCUCCCUCGUCCCCCCCUGUGCCGCCAGAGCUGGCCUUUGAGCUCAAUGUCUCCGACUUGGAAUUUGACGACAGCCUUCUGGAUGAGCCUUUCCAGGAAGAAGAGUUGGGAGGGCCACGGACAUGUCCCCCUUCACCCAGCCUGGGCCUGCCCCAGUUAGAUGGGCUGGGCGACGGCGAGAGUGAGGAGGAAGGAGAGGCCGGCCGCUACUUCCGCUUCCCGCGUACGGUGGUAACCCGAGACCCACCUCUGCCGCCUUACCCGCUGGACCUCCCUCUGCCCCAUAUCCACCAGCUGGAUGGCAUAGACGAUGGCACUGACAGUGAGGCGGACGCAACGGGGGGACACCCUUCCACCAAGGGCAAGCAGCCCGAGCCGAGGGUCGAGCGAGAGCUGGCUGGCCCCACUCCAGCUCCAGAGGACUUGCCCUCGGACAUUGUGGACUUUGUGCUAAAGAACAUGGAUGCCCCGGAGAGCAAGGCCAGCCCACCUUCUUGCCUCAGCCCGAUGCCACUGCCACUGGCACCUCCUACCUCUGCCAGCCUCAACGGCACUGAGUCAGCCCAUCCCAGCCCUGCUCCGGAUCCAGUUCCAACCUUAACCCUCAGUUGUGCCCAAGUGCCCUCCACCCCUGAAGUGACGACAGUGCUGGGACCUGAGGCACAAAAGCCCAAUUCCAGAAUCAUUCUGGUGAACAAGCUGGCCCAGGUGUGCAUGAAAGUUCAAGGCGAGGAAAGCCCAUUGGCCACUCAAGACGGGGAGCAGGCUUCCAAACCAAACCCCACGCCGAUGUCCGCUGCUCCCAACCUUGGCACGGUCAUUCUGCGGGCACCUCUGGGCCUGACUCCCAACCCCUUGCCCACUUGGACGAUCCGGGGCCCGGUACUUAGCAUGGUACCCAUGAUGAACGUGAUGGGCACCACAUCUCAGGCUGUUGGUGGUGGGCAGCUGGCACUGAGUACCCCAGCUCUGGUGACACCUUCCCUGGGACUCCAGCAGACUUGUCUUCUUCAGCCUGUCGCCAUGAAUUCUGGUGUGCUUAGUAUCCCUGGCUUGGUGUCUUUGCCCAGCCCUCGCCCAGCCAUCCGGGUCAAGAGAGUUUCCACCUUUGUCGGAAAUGUGCCCGUCAAGAAGAUGAAAGUGGACGGAGUUAAUGAGGAGGAGCUCCCUCCUGUAUCCCCAACAGUUACUCCUGAUCACUUGGCAAAUAAUUGCAUUUCUGGCAGUACAAUGGGUUCUGGCAUUGGGAGGGUACGGAUGAAGACGCCCACAACAAAGGGCGUCCUAAACCUGGAUGCAUUCAAAGAGGAGACGAGCAUCAUCAGCGAAAACGAGCUGUCUCCGAUGGAACAUUCUCCUUCCUUGGCAGCGUUGCAUUCCCAUCCUGGAUCCCCGGAGCAGAUCCAGAAGUCUGUGCUGGAACACGUCUGGCAUAGAUACGCAGGAGAUCUGUCCAGCUCAGACGAAGACAAUCUGAAACAGGAGGACAAAGAAAAUGAGAUGCCCCGAAAAACGCAGCCCCACUUGUGCUUUGAGAUCACAAGCGAAGAUGGUUUUAAAGUGCAGGCUGACAGCAUUGAUGGUGCCUGGAAAGCAGUGAUUGAGAAGGUCCAGGAAGCUCGCACCAAUGCUCGGCUCAAACACCUGUCCUUUGCAGGAAUGAAUGGAGUGAGAAUGUUGGGGAUGCAUCACGAUGCUGUCAUCUUCCUGGUGGAGCAGCUGUACGGUGCCAAGGCCUGCCACAAAUAUAAAUUCCGAUACCACCAGCAUGAAGGCGAGGAAGAGGAGCUGCCUCUCAAUCCUCACGGUUGUGUCCGGGCUGAAGUUUAUGUCAGGAAAUGCACCUUUGACAUGUUCAACUUCUUAGCAUCUCAGCAUCGUGUGCUUCCUGAGGGUGGCCCUUACGAUGAAGAAGAAGAUGAAGUGCAGCUGAAAUCCACCAGGCGAGCCACCAGCUUGGAGCUACCCAUGGCCAUGAGGUUUCGGCACCUGAAGAAAACUUCCAAAGAGGCUGUGGGAGUGUACAGGUCAGCCAUCCAUGGGCGGGGCCUGUUCUGCAAGCGCAACAUUGACGCGGGCGAGAUGGUGAUUGAGUACUCCGGCAUUGUCAUCCGUUCGGUGCUCACCGAUAAGCGUGAAAAGUACUACGACAGCAAGGGCAUUGGAUGCUACAUGUUCCGCAUUGAUGACUUUGAUGUGGUGGAUGCCACGAUGCACGGCAACGCCGCCCGUUUCAUCAACCACUCCUGCGAGCCCAACUGCUACUCGCGCGUCAUCCACGUCGAAGGCCAGAAGCAUAUUGUCAUUUUUGCCCUGCGCCGGAUCUUCCGGGGCGAAGAACUCACCUACGACUACAAGUUCCCCUUCGAAGAUGCCGGCAGCAAACUCCCUUGCAAUUGUGGAGCCAAACGCUGCCGUCGUUUCCUCAAUUAAAGAGUGGUCCCUCACCUGGCUUUCCAGAUCCAUACGCUUGCCCAGUCUUUUCCCGGUGUCCGCGGGUGUCCGGGCCAAGUGGAUGGAAGGGGAGCUUAAUCAUGGCAUAACUUUUUGGCGGGCUGCGCAUUGCUGACUCAUCCCUUUAAUUCCUUGAAGCGUGUGACUCCAAGGGCCUCAAUCAUCUCCAAAGAGCAUCAGGGAUGCCUGUGUUGUGGGUGAUGAGGGAAAGCUCUUAGCGGCAGCUCGGUCCUUUUUCUUUUCUUUUCUUUUUCUUCUUGUGGCUUGAAAUUAUGAGAUGCAGAGAUCCAGGGCAAAAAUGUGGGAAGAAUCACCUCUUAUUUGUGCCCCCCUUCUGCUUCAUAGACCUCUUUCCCUUCCUCCUCUUCUUCCCCCAGCACCUCCCCAAUCCUGUGGGGCGAGAACAAUCUUUUAUUUUGUACUUUUAAAUUUUUGUGGUUUUUUUUUUCCUCCUUCCUCCAAGAUGAUCCUCUGUUUUAAAGAAGAAGAAAAAAAAAAAAUACAUCAAACCCAGGAGGAUGUAAAUAGUUGUACAAAUUUCUAAACCUGUUUAUUUUCUAUGCACUUUUUUUAUUUAAGAUGCUCAGUCAACUCAGACGGAAAAGGGUUGGAUUCUUGUUGGUAUAAUUUUAAAUAAAAAGCAAUUUUGACACAA